CAUUUUCAGAUCAAAUAAUGAUAAAAGCAUUUCUCCCUGACUCAGUACUGGACCGCACCUCACCUUCAGAAUCUGCUAUUGCUCUCCGCGUACUCAACAGAACACUACUGAGCUCUCUUAUCCGAGUGGUAACCACCCAGUUCCCCUUACCUUCAUUUAAACGGGUCAUCCAGCGCGAUAAUUCCUGCCUACUUCUUAUCUGUAAAGUAUCUCAGCUACAGUCCCAGUUUGAAAACCCUGAGGAGAUAUCAGUUGCUACAUCAAACCACUUGAUAAGUAUUCUCAAUAAUCCUGAUAAAGGUAUUUCGCCUGGUGACUUACUUCUUGUGACAGUACCUUCUUGUUUGCCUCUAAUAGAGGCACAAAGGAAGAGCUGUCAAUGGCCUGUUUCUUUUCAUCCUAAUAGAGAACUUGAAAAUAAGAUAGCAGGGCUGAAUUUCAGUAAAGACGAGAAAUUGUUGAUAAUAAACAGGGUGUCAAAUCUUUUAACACAGUGUAAAGAAGCAUCCGUCAGAACAAAUUUAUCAGUGAAUUUUGUAAUAGUAGUUAAUCCUAAGACAGGGGAAGUGAUAGCUACAUCUUCUACUUGCACAGACAGCUUGUUGGGACAUGCCACUAUGAAAGUUGUAGAUAAGAUAUCUCUGAGACAAAAUAAACGAAACCUUAUCUCUUCAGAAAGUCCAUGUGAUUUAACGUCAUGCAAUGGUAAUGGCAAGCGUGGACCGGAACAUGUUUCACAGCCUGUGAAGAAGACUAAAACGGACCCUUCUGUUCCUGAUGAUUAUCUUUGUACUGGAUAUGAUAUUUACCUUGCUAUCGAGCCAUGUGUCAUGUGCACUAUGGCUCUUGUUCACUCCCGGAUUAAAAGAAUAUUUUUUGGGAAACGCAGGGAGGAUUUCGGAGGUCUUAUUGAAGCAAAAUUACACGAAAUUUCUGCGCUGAAUCACAGCUUCGAGGUUUAUAAUGUUUCGAUAACUGGAGAUUAAGAAGUCCAAACUCCAAGUCCGGUACCAUGAUUUUAUAUUAUAUUCUACUGUUUUCAUUGGAUUUUUACAUUGCUUCAGUCGAAUUCAUGACUCCUUUAAAGAUCCUUUUUAAACAUUUGUCCUUUGGGUGGAGCAAAUU